AUGCUGGUUAACAAAAAAACUCUCUUUCAAGCUUUUGCCAUCUUGGCAUCUGCAUUAAGCGCAAAGGCACAGGAAGCUAGUGCUCCUGAUGACUCUGCUGUUGUCAAAUUGACCAGCGAAACUUUUGAAGAUUUCAUCAAGGAAAAUCCAGUAGUUCUAGCUGAAUUCUUCGCUCCAUGGUGCGGUCAUUGUAAAACGUUAGCUCCACACUAUGUUGAAGCCGCUGCCGCUUUGGAAAGCGAGGACAUUGCAUUGGCUCAGAUCGACUGUACUGUUGAACAGGAUUUAUGCAUGAAACAAGGUAUUAGAGGAUAUCCAUCUUUGAAAUUGUUCAAGAAUCACGAUCUAGAAAAUCCAAAGGAUUAUGCAGGUGGCAGAACUGCUAAUGCUAUUAUUACAUACAUGAAGAAGCAAAUCUUACCAACGGUACAAGUUGUUGAUUCACAAAAAGAUCUAGAGGCCAUUUUGACGAAAGCUACACAACCAGUUAUUUUUUCGAAUGGAGAUGCAGCCUUGAAUGAAACUUUCUUCUCCAUUGCUGAUAAAUUCUCGGAAGAGUACACAUUUGUCUCUUUCCCUGGAUCGAAGGUUAAGUUAGCUGUUCAACUGCCAAGUGAAGCCGAAGCCAUUGAAUACAAUGGUGACAUCACAGAAGUUGAAAAGAAUCCAGAAAUUUUGGAGAGCUGGUUAAAGGUUGAAGCUUUACCAUACUUUGGAGAAAUCACCGGUGAGAGCUUCGGUUCAUAUGUUGAAAGUGACGUACCAUUAGCCUAUUUCUUUUAUACUGAUGAUGAUGAAUUCGAAGAAUAUACUGAAUUUUUCACUGAUUUAGCGAAGGAACACCGUGGUAAAAUUAACUUUGUCGGUCUUGACUCUAGAAAGUUCGGUAAACACGCAGAGAAUUUGAAUAUGGAUGAGCAAUUUCCUCUAUUUGCUAUUCACAACAUGAGCAGUAACUUGAAAUACGGUUUACCACAAUUGGCUAAGGAAGAAUUUGAGAAAUUAACCGAGGCUGUUAAAUUGGAAACCAAAGAUAUUUCUAAGUUGGUCAAUGAAUUCUUGUCUGGUAAGUCGGAAGCUAUCAUCAAGUCGGAAGAAGUUCCAGAAGUUCAAGAAUCUAACGUCAUCAAGAUUGUUGGUAAAAGCCAUGAUGGCAUUGCCUAUGAUGAAGAGAAAGAUGUAUUAGUCAAGUACUACGCUCCAUGGUGCGGUCACUGUAAGAGACUUGCACCAAUUUACGAAGAGUUGGCAGACAUUUUGGCUUCCGAUGAGGAUUCCAAAGAUAAGUUUGUCAUUGCUGAAGUUGAUUCCACCUUGAACGAUAUCCAGGACGUCGAAAUCGAAGGUUUCCCAACUAUCGUCCUCUACCCAGCAGGCAAAAAUACUGAACCUGUUGUAUUUUCUUCUCAAAGAGAGCUUACAAACUUCAUAACCUUCCUUGAAGAAAAUGCCGGUAACAAAGUCGAUUUCCAAAUCAUUCACGACAGCUACAAGAGUGCAUUGGAAGCGCAAAAAGUAGCUGAUGAUCUCGAUGAGGUUGAGGAAGAUGAGGAUUUCGAGCACGACGAAUUGUAA